AUGUGUGACCUGAAGGCUGUGUUCAAAACUGUGGAUAUGUCAGAGGAGAUGCAACAGGACUCAGUGGAGUUUGCCACUCAGGCAUUAGAGAAAUACAGCGUGGAGAAGGACAUCGCAGCCCACAUUAAGAAGGAGUUUGACAAGAAGUACAACUCUACCUGGCACUGCAUUGUGGGGAGGAAAUUCGGUAGUUAUGUGACGCAUGAAACCAAACACUUCAUCUACUUCUACAUGGGUCAAGUGGCCAUACUUCUGUUCAAAUGUGGUUAA